AAAUGAUGAUGUCAUUAUAUCAGCUGUAGUGACAAUCGGAGUGCCAGGUUAAAACUAAAACAUGUGAUACAUAUUACAUUCGUGUUGCGUUUUGUUGCCCCAUUUUUGUCGAUGACGGCCUUGACAAAAAUGGGAGUGUAAGGUUUAUGGCGGUCAUUUGUAACUUCAUAUAUUGUAUCAGUCGAUAAUGGAAAUAUUUUAGAUUAGUAGGUACAGAUUAUGGUGAAGUGGUUUGCCGGAAAGUGGAAGUGGGCACUUGUUGGAGUUGCAUCUUGUGCAACAGGAAGCAGUUGCCUUCUUUAUUUUGAGAUAGAGAAUUUGAAAAAAAAUCUUCAUCCGUCAUUAUCUGUAUUAGAUAGAGAAAAAUACAGAUCUUACAUAUAUAUUAGGCCAGAACAAUUUGAUCUUCUGAACAGCCAUCACUGGAAUGAGAAAGGCUUGCAACAUUUAUACUCUGAAAUUGAAACGUAUAUCAUCAAUCAUAUUCCACCGAGUAUAGCAAAGCAUCUUCCAAUCAAAUUGUUGAAAGGAAGAGAACUUCAAGCACAACGAUACUUAUCACCAUGGCAGUUGUUGAAAGAAGCUUCGACACCAAGUUCUAAUAUUGCACAAGAUGUCAUUGAUAAAAUAAACAACCAUAAAUGGAUGGAUGAUGAUUCAGAAAAUGAAGAUGAAAACUUUUUAGACGAAUAUGAGUAUCGCUUACUUGGGCAGAAUCUGGAUCCACUGUAUUUAUAUGCUCUCGCUCGCACAAAAGGAGUCGACAAGAGGUUUUUUGUUGCACCUCGUCCACUGCCAAUUUUAAAAGAUGAUUCAGCCAUAGAAUAUAUGUUGUAUGACAUGCUAUUAAAACUACCAUCACAUGAUGUUGAAAGUUGCUUGAGAUUUUUCACUCAUGGUGCGUUGUCAAUUAGUGAUGAAAGACAACUAAAAAAGGGAGGUCGAUGGUGUUUUGCUGGUAAUGGAUUAAACUAUGCAAGGGAGAUUGUUUCCCAGGAAAAAGUUGAAUCUUUUUGUUUGCAAGCCCUUGUAAAGCAUUCCAAGAUUCCCGAUCACUGUGAAGCCAUGAUAGAUCUUGGUGUUCUAGACAUGUUACAAAGAAUUCUUAAUGAUAGGCCAAAUGCAUUGAAAAACCAGAGAAAUGCUGUUAGAAUCAUCAGUAACAUAUGUGUGAAUGAAAACUUACAUCCUCGUAUAUUGAAGUCUGGUUGGUUAUCUACUCUUGUACAACUCUCGGACUCGAAACUAUUGCAUCUAAGGAUGCAGGCAUCAAGAGCACUUGCUAAUCUGGACAGAAAAAAUGUUGAAGAAAAAUAUGUGGAUGGUGUUUAUCUUAUCCAUCCAAGGCAUAGAAUUGAAAAGGAACCAGAAGCUGAUGUUGUGUUAAUUCAUGGAUUGCUUGGCGGUGCUUUUCAUUCAUGGAGGCAACAAGAAAGUGACUCAAUUGCUGUUGCUAAUUUCACUGAGUGCUGGCCCGAGACCUGGCUGCCAAGAGAUUUAUCUAAUGUUAGAAUUUUGUCUGUGGAAUAUGAUACACAUUUAAGUGAUUGGAUGCCACAUUGUCCGCAUGAAAAACAAACGAGAACAAUAUCAUAUAGAAGUCAAGAAAUCUUGGAAAAGCUUAAACUUGCUGGAGUUGGAGAGAAGAGACCUGUCAUAUGGUUAGCUCAUUCAAUGGGUGGAUUGGUUUUAAAAAAUAUGAUGCUUAUUGCAGAAUCUCAGGAAGAGAGAUAUAAGGAGCUUCUCAAUAACAGCAAAGGGAUAAUAUUCUACUCAACUCCUCACUUUGGAUCACAGUUAGCUGAAUAUUCAAGAAAAGUACGGAAAUUGCUUUUUCCAUCCAUAGAAGUUAUGGCUCUGAGCCAUGAUUCUCCGCAGCUUUUGUAUUUGAAUGAUUCUUUUAAGCAACUUGUGUUGAAUUAUUCAAUAAAAGUUCUGAGUUUUGGUGAACUACAAUCGACAAAUAUUGGAUUCGGUAAUUUGAAAAUACACAUUGUGCCACCAAAAUCUGCAGAUCCUGGAAUAGGUUCUCUUAUUCUCAUGGACACAGAUCAUCUAAAUGUAUGCAAACCGAUAAGCAGACACAGUGGAGUAUAUCUCAAUACAGUGGAUUUCAUACAAGCUUGUCUAGCAGAAAGUGAUGAAAGGGACUUUUGUACUGAUAUAGAAGAGUUUAUUGACGAAGUUGCUGAUAUUUUAACAUAACGGUUUGUCUCAGAUUCAAUAAAACUCGUAUAGAUUGGUAUGCUAUGUAUAUAAAAUUUCAACAACCUCAAAAUAUUUUUAUUAUUUAUUCUUGUGGCUCAUAUACGAUGAAAAAAACUGAAGAGCCCAUUGUUUCCUUGACAGCAGUUCAAUCUUGUAGGCUGUGUAAAAUACAUUUACCGUACAUUUGUUGGGGUAGUGGUACUCUUUAUACUUUGGUUGAGUAUUUUCUUUAUAGUUCAAAUGCGUGAAUGCUCUAUCUAUCCUUUCCGAAGAGCUGUUGCUUAUAUUUUUAUUGUUUGUUUUGCACAUGCCAUAAUUUUAUAUUUUUGUUUAUAAUGAAUAAAGUGUUGGAUGGUUCAUUACUUUAAAUGUUCUAUCUUAA